AAAAAGUAAGGCACGUUAGAAAAUGAACAUCGGGUCAGUCCCAAACGCUGCUUAUGAAGGACCCAUGUAGCGUGGCUCUAUUUAAUCUAUUUGAGCUGACAAAACUCAGAUAAGAAACUGGUAAAUAUUAAACAAUUGUCGACAAAGUUAUUGAUUCUUUUGCUAUCCAUGGAGUCAAAUAUGCAUUUCCGUUUGCCUAUCUCCGAAAAAUUGCAUAGAAAGCGCAAAAUAUUGUGCAAAGAGCUCGAAAGUGGACUUUGAAACGCCCAAUUCAUGGCCUCUUGAGGAUGUGUAUCGGGGAGUCUGUCUCGUUCAUUGUUUUUCACAGUUUUUACAUGUAAAAGAAUAUAAUGCCUACAAAUUUUUCCUUGAUAUUAGGUCAGUGCCAUUUUGAGUACGAGAUGCAGCUCAAUGAGUUGUUUUAGUGUUGUAAAUGGCAACUGUUCUUAUAGAAAUGUAGAAGAUUUCCCAAUCGGUAUCCUUGAUCUCCCUAACAGACCCUUGAGCUUGCGCACUUGGUGCAUUGCAUAUGGCGGAAAGCUCAAAUCAGGAAAGAAGAGAUUUUUGCCUCAGCUCUGCGACUUGUUCUCGCCGAUCGUUCGCUCUCGGGAUGGUUGCUCACGCCGCUGCCGUCAUUCUUGCCGCUGUAGUAAUAUACACAGCAUGGCCUGGCUCGAGUUUAUUUUCCUGGCACCCAACUCUGAUGGUGACUGGAUAUGGGCUGUUGAUGACAGAGGCUAUCCUGAUGUUCUCACCUGAGAGCUCCCUCAUGAUAAAUGCCAUGAGAAAGUCGAAGGUGCGCUUCCACUGGAUCCUGCAAGCUGGCGCUGUUGUCUGUGCUGUGGGAGGCCUCAUGGCCAUCUAUCUCAACAAGGAGCGUAUGGGGAAGGAUCACUUCGUCUCGUGGCAUGGACUCAUUGGCGUAACAACAGUCUUCUACUCUGUCGUGCAAUCUAUGGGGGGGAUAAAUUUGCUAUAUCCGAAGUUGCUGAAAAGCUGGAUGACUCUGGCACAGUUGAAAAUGUACCAUGCCACGUUUGGGUUGUUGGGUUACGCCCUGGCGUGUAGCAGUCUGGCGCUGGGCAUUAACUCUAACUGGUUCUCACAGGAAUUGGAGGGGAUGUUGUGGGUGGUGUGUCUGUGCUGUCCAGCCAUUCUGGCCCUGGUCAUCAUGCAACAAGUGACCACUGCCUACCUGGGGAGACGAAUCAAGAUUUGAACAACAGCUUUUGGUCCAUGAUACUCUCUACUACUACUACUAGUAGUUUGUUGAUAAUCAAAUUUCUACUGCCAAAAAGAGAAAAACAAUACAACAGAGGUGAACCAUAGAUUGCUGAACAGUCAGUGUUUUUACCACAUAAACUUGACCAUUACUCGAAAUGUAGGUAGGGCAAAUAUUUGGCUAAAAAAAGCACUUCACACCCAUCCUGCAAAGCCUAUCCACUCAUUCAAUAUCAAGGAACUUUCAUUGUUGACAAUACUUUGGGGACAGACAGAGGCAUUUGUGUAAAGGAAGCCUUGUGUACAUUCCAAAUGGCCAUCAAAACAAUGCGGCCUGGUUGAUGAUUGGUUGUAAAUUAUUGAUGACUGAACACUUAAAUGUUCAGCAAAAAAUAAACUUGCAAGAGUAUCCCUUUUCUGCAGAUGCAAUGAAUCACUUAUGGGUGAUAAGUUUCUUGCAUAAUGAAAUUGGUCAUGUAGAUCUACAGUAUUGUUGUCGUGAAAUAUGCAUUGUUGCAACUUAUGGAUUCAUCUUUUAUGUUGGCUUUUGGUUCUUACUUAAAAAUCAUUUUUAUUGUUCAUGUAUGUGACAUAGACUAUGUGAGUGAGUGAGUCAGUCAGUCAGGAAAUGUGACUUUUGGCCUUUGCAACUUCUGUUUUGUUGGACAAUCAAAUCCUAUAGCUACACCAUACUAGCAGUUCAUGCCAAAGUGAAACAUAUGCGAUGCGUGCUUCUAUGUAAUGUAAUGGUAAGAUAUGAGGCAGUUCUAUAACUGUAUUGUAUUGUAUUGUACCAUUGUUGUGAUUUUGUAUUUAAGAUACAAGGUAUAUUCUGACAAAGUUUUUAAUGUUACUUUGUAGAUAGACCACACAGAUUUGUCUUAAUAGGUUAUUUAUAUGGUGGUGUAUUUAUCAUCUCGCAUGUGCCAAUAAUGUAUCUACAUUUGUAUACACUCAUAUCUUGCUGGACAGAGCUUGCAUAUCAGCCUUCAAUGUGACACUUUGUGUAAUACAUGUCAGAUCAUGGUCGAGCUGUGCAGAUCGAGCUGGUAAAAGAAUGAAAUUGUGCUAUGUACUCUAAUCUUGUCUGAAGGACUCCUGCCUUUAUUGAUCAGUGUGGUUUUAACAUGCACGAGGUAUGGCUGUCCUUAAACUCACGACCUCCCAUUUACCAAUAUGUCCUAUCCAAGAGGACAUCCCUAGCCAAAACUAGGUACUCACUUUCACAUGAAUAGUUUGAGAAAAACUGUGUUAGCAAGCUUUUGCAAGCACAUAAAAAUGGGACCUGCUUUGGCUUACAAACCCACAACCCUUGUUCUGCUUAGAUUGUGAGUUAACAGUACCCUAUCCAGCAGGCCAAGAUCCCUUCAUAAUCAAUACCACACCCCCUGGCCUCUCUUAAUUGCUUUUUGAUUACCCUUUUUGCUGUCAGAAAGAACCUCCACAGCUUAACCCCAUCAGAAAGUUCAAAGUGACAUUGAUCAAAGAUAAAUCAAUAUACGGGACCUGGGUUAUCAGAAUAGUCUAAGGGCAUGAUGUUGCUAAGUAACCAGACAACAGGAAAAAA